AUGGCGCCCAAGGUGGACCCGUCCGAGGAAGUAGCAGAGGGUGAGGAAGGACGUGCCCAGCAGCAGGGAGGACCACACGUUCCAGCUCCCGCCUUCGACCCGCAGACGAUGACGAUGAAGGAUUAUAGGAGGCGCGUGGCGAUAUUCAAGAUAAGGACCAGACUGCCCUUUGCGAGGCAGGCCGCGGAGCUCUACGCAGAACUGAAAGGCGACGCCUGGAUUCAUGCAGAGGACCUCGACCCGACGGAGCUUCAGAACGACGAAGGGGUCCAAGUGCUGCUCGAUUUCCUAGCAGAUAAGUUCGACGACGAGAAGGUGAUGGAGCUUGGGUCCGAGCUCAAAACUUUCUUCACACGCAUGCGCCGCGACAGCGGCGAAUAUAUCAGGGCUUACAUCAACCGCUUCGACACGCAGGUCUCGAGACUUAAGAGAAUGCAGAUCGAGUUCCCAGAUCAGGCGCUGGCGUGGUUGUUCAUGCGGUGGCUUGGCCUGCCGCCAGAUCGAGAAGCUGGAGUGCUGAACGCUAGUCAGAAUAAGAACGAGCUCAAACCUUUACAGAAGCAGACGUUGCUGAACGUGAAGGACGCCAGAGCACUGGACAAGCACAACCCCCGGAGGCCAGCGCCCAUGACACCACUAGCGCCCAGAGGUCCGUCAGCACGACCUCGACGAUGGGGAGCUCACAUCACCGAGAACGCUGAGGAGGAGGAUCUCGAUGUGUACGAGACCCAGGUGGACGACGAUGACCUGCCGGAGGAGUUACUUAAGGAGCACGAGGAAGCGGAGGCCGAAGUGCACAAGUUGGAGAAGAUGCUCGCCCGAGCGAAGGACAGGCAAACAAACGCCAAGCAAUCUAGAGGAUUUUAUCAUAGAGAUCGGCUACCUGGGCGCGGACCUGGUAAAGGACCUGGCGGAAAAGGCAGUCCUGGAGGCGGCAGGGGGCCCGGCGGCAAGGGCUCGGACCGCAUCGAGAAGCUGGAGGCGAGGGCCCAUGCGCACUGGAACAGCAACGAGAAGCAUAUUGAGAAGCAGGCGCUCUUCAUCAACAAUCACGUGCUGAUGACCGUCGCGGGCAGCGUGAACGUUAUCAUGGCUACGAAAGAGGAGCUGCUGCAGCAGUGCGGUGGCAAGCUGUUGCCAGACUCGUGCUGCGCCAAGUCCGUUGGAGGACAGGUUUGGCAUGAUGGCAUCAAGAUGAGGCUCGCGAAGAUGGUGACGAACAUGAGCGCCGUGGCGUUCAGGAAGCCGGGGGUGUCCAGCCUCGAGCUCGGGCAGACCAAGAGCGGAUAUCCGAGUUCUGAGGUGCUGGAGUUCGACAGGGCUCACAUUUUUACCAUGGCUCCAGACGUGGGCCCCAGCGAGACAGAGAUCAGGCACGAGAUAUUCCUAGUGGGCCUCCAACGGGAUCCCAAGGGGCCCCGCGCCAACCACGUCAAGAGCGACCCGAAUCACGAGGAGCCGAGCUUCAACAUCAUGAGGGAUCCGAAUCAGUACGAGCUAAACUUCAACGACUGCGAGAGCGAUCCGAAUCACUGCGAACUAAACUUCAGAAAGCCUCUGGAGCACCCCAACGUGAUUCUCAAACUCAGUAUUCCCGUUCAUGUGCGGAUGCCUCUCAGCGCGCUGGGGUGGAUCCAGGGUUGGGGCGCCCUCGGUGUUAGCGCCAACAAGAAGUGCAACACCGUAGCGCUGAUGCGCUGGAAGCAGAUUUUCAAGCUGGUGUUCUUAGCCAUCGUGAUGACCAGGCACCCAGCUGUGGCCAUCAUCUUCCACAACGGGCGCCGCUACGGCCAGGGGGGGAUCCUCGAGAAGCAGGUCAAGCGAUGCAAGGACAUGAUCAAGAAGGCCGUCAGCUUCCUGACGUGGCAGACCACGUUCCUCGGCACCUUUCUGGCGAAACCGCUCUUCUCGGGAGGCAAGGCUAUCGUGCAGGAUCUCUGCGACGUGUGCAACGUCAAGACCGACCCGAGCUACGACUUGAUGCAGAUCUUCGCAGGUGGGGCCGUCGUCGCAGAGGAGUUCAGUCGAGCCGGACUCAAGGUGUGCGAGCCCAUUGAUCAAAUCUACAACUACAACCUGCGGAGCGCCCAAGAUCGGCGAGAAAUUCUACAGCUCUACCGCGCAUGCAGGCCGAAGCUCCUCACGUUGGAGUAUCCCUGCACACUCUGGACACAACUUACCAGGGUGAACUAUCGAGGCGAAGCCAAACAACAACAACUACGUCGCCAGCGUCUUCGAGACCGUCCCCUACUAGACUUCGUUGAGGAGAUCGGUAUGAUGCAGCUGGGCAGCAAGCGAGACACCUUGUUCGAGAAUUCUUUGACGUCGGAGGUAUUCAAGCAGUCCCAGAUCAAGCGUUUAAGGGAGCAUCCCCGGGUGCAAGAGGUGAAGGUCGACAUGUGCCAGUUCAACCUGCGACACCAACAGUCUAACGGAAUGGUCAAGAAGCCGACGAAGCUCUUGGUCUCGAAUGACUCCUACGUCAAGCGGCUGAGCAGGCAAUGUGACGGACGUCACCAGCAUCACCAACUGGAAGGAGCUCACUACACACGCAAGGCAGGACGACGCACCAGAGAGUUCGCGAAGGCAGUCUUGCUAGCAUACCAGCACAGCAACAUGACCUACAUGAUGGAGAACGGAGUUUACGCGACCGGUGACUUGAUGGAUCUUAUGGGUGGCGAAUCGGACGAUUGGUUCUACUACGAGAACGUGGGUGACUUUACCGAGGUGCCGGUCAAGUUGCCAGAUGGACCUGAUUGGAGCCGCGUAGGCAGAAGAAGGGUCGUAGACCUCGAGACCGACACGGUGGUGCAGGACUGCGAGAAGGCCGAUAUUACCACGGAUUUGAUGAUGCCGAAGCUGGAUCGAACUGCCAAGCUGAAGAUUCAGCUAUGGUACAAGCCAGAACCUGUUGCAGAGGACAUCGGAGCCAAGGCCAUCCAGUUUGGACCUGGAAGUUCAGAGUGCUCAAGCAAGGACCUCGCACCUCUACGACAACUUCGCCAGAACUUGGGCCACCCCAGUAACGAGGAUCUUGCUAGAUCGUUGAGAUUUUCAGGAUGCAGACCAGAGGUAGUGACUUCCGCGAAGUCACUACGAUGCGCGACGUGCAUGAGCAAGGUGCGGAAGAAGAUCGCGAGACCAGCUAGAUUUUCCCACGCAGCCGACUUCAAUGAACAGAUUGGUUUGGAUUGUUUUGCGAUCAGGGAUGUGGAUGGCCAGUCAUGGGAUUUCUUGUCGGUGGUGGAUUUAGGUGCGACGUUUCACGUGGUGGGCAUGAUUGAAAGUCAUCGCUCGGAAGUCUUGGUUAAGGUGUUCACUCAGAUAUGGGCCAGCUGGGCAGGUGAUCUAUGUUUCUACUACCGCCAGCUCACGAAGGGCUCGAUCAAGAAGGGCACCUGGUUGGGACCAGCCGUGAUCGCGGGGAAACAAGGCCAGAACUAUUGGAUAUCGCACGCGGGGCAGCUUUACAUCGUCAGCAUCGCCGAUGACAGCGACCAGGAUACUACCACCAACUCCAGCUUCGCAGUAAUGCUUCGUGGAGCUCGAGCUCAGAGCGAAAGGCUAAGAAAGAAACUUCAAGACAAAGAUAUUGCCUGGAAGGACAUCCCCGAGGAACACAAGUCACUCUACCGAAAAGCCAUCGCCGAGCACUGGGAGGAAUGGAAGACGUUCGGUUCCGUGGAGGCGCUUUCACUGGGGGAAUCUCAACAAGCCCAGACCCAGAAUGACAGCAACCGCUUCUUGCCGUCUCGCUUCGUGGUCCGUGGCGAGAAUGACAAUCUCCGCACGGAAGCCAACCCCGUGUCGGUGAAGGCCAAGACUCGACUAUGUGCUGGAGGACAUCGUGAUCCAGAUCUACAGACAGGAGCUCUACGGACAGACGCUCCUACGGUGACGCGAACCAGUUCGCUACUGUUCUUUAUCAUGGCGGCGCGUUUCGACUGGAGCCCAGUGUGUGCCGACAUCAUGUCCGCGCUCAUGCAGGGAGAAGAGCAGCCCAGAGACAAGCCUCUUUUCAUGGAGCAGCCGCCCCAAGGUCUAAGAUGCCCUGCCACGGAGAUCGAGAUCGCCGACAACCGGAACUUGAUCGGCAGUUUGGGUUGGCUCGCUACGCAGACCCGACCAGACCUAGCUGCAGGAGUUUCGAUGGCUCAGAGAGUGCAGAACUCACCGACGGUGGCCGACCUGAUCGAGACGAAUCGCAUUGUAUCCGAGGCCAAGCGCUACAAUGAGACCGCCAUCGCGAUCCCGAAGUUGCAGGACGAGCUUUGCAUUCUAGUCUUUCAUGACGCUGCGUGGGCCAACGUGGACGAGCCACGCGACAAGGUAGCCGGCGCCGCCUGGUGGUGCCGACGCCGCAUGCGCACCGCCUACGCUUCGGAGGCUCCGAAGAGGCUCAAGACAAAGAGCCAGAGCUAUGAUUUGUUCUCGGUGUCUUUGCUGGCGCUGGCGCAGUCGGACGGUGGCUUCGACAGCGCUUGGCUCGCGCGGCAGAUGGCCGAGUCCCUCGGCGCCCGGGUCGGAGGUGUCAGGGUCGCCAGGCGGGCGUUGCAAGGCCAGAGCGAGGUAGCCUCGCUGAGCGCCCCGGAGCUUGCCGCCCGCUGCGAGGCGCUAGGCGCCGUGCUGGGCGAGGCCAGCAACGUGGAGGCCGCGGUGGCGAGCUGGCCUGGGCUGCUGGCGCUGGACCCAGAGGCCGUGCAGCGCAGCCUGCACGCGCUGCAGGUGGUGAUGGACACGGCGACGGCACAGCGGGCGCCACCCGCCCGCCCGCGCUAG